AUGUUUUCCAAUCAAACAAGUAUAACAAAAUUUGAUAUACUUCCAAAUGAAAUAUUACUUGAAAUAUUUGAAUAUUUACCAACUGUAAAUAUUUUUGAAAUAUUUUUUUAUCUUAAUCCACGAUAUAAUCGAUUACUUCUUUCUAUUCGUCUUCGUAUUGAUUUAUUAAAUAUAUCUAAACAAGUUUUUGAUUUUUAUAAUUAUUCUUUAUUUCCUAUUGCAUCUCAAUGUAUUAUUUCAUUACGUUGUGAAGAUGUAUUUGAUCGUUUAAUUCAUCAUAUACAUUUAUCAAAUUUUAUUUCACUUGAAUAUUUAACAAUAACAAAUAUAAAAAAAUCUACAUUACAAUAUAUAAUACCAUAUUUAAAUAAAUUUACAAAUCUUAUCUAUUUAAAUUUACAAAUAUCAACUGGAUUAAUUAAUAAUGAACUUUAUUUUGAAGAAUCAAUGCCAUCAAUUGAAAAAUGUAUUCUUAAUUUUAAUAAACGAAUUAUAAUUGAAGGUAAUCAAUGUUAUUCAAAUUUAAAAUAUUUAACAAUAAAUCAAUAUCAUAUUAAUGAUUUAUUAUCUUUUCUUCAUAUUUAUACACCUCAACUUCGUCAUUUAACAAUUACAUUGAAUGAUGAAUAUAAUUCAAAACAAUUAUUACCAAAAAUAGAAAAUAAACAUUCUCUUGAAUCACUUAUUAUCAAAGAAUGUCAUAUACCAUUUAGUAGAAUAGAACAAUUAAUCUUAAUUUCAUUACCAUAUUUAAAACGAUUACAUAUCAAUGCAAUAGGUAUCGAUUAUGCUGAUGGUCGACAAUGGCAAAGAGUUUUAUCAACAUAUUUUCCUUGUUUAAUAAAAUUUAAACUCUAUAUAACAUUCCCUGAAGAAGAUGCAUCAACACCCAUUCUUCGUACUCAAUUACUUAAAACAUUUGAAACAAUAUAUUUUUUAUCACAUAAUUGGUAUUUUGCAUUUUUACAUCAUCCAUCAUCAUCAAAUAUUGAUUUAUUUUCAUUACCAUUAUUUAAUAAUAAAAUUCAUGCUAAUCUUUAUGAUACAUAUAUUGAAAAAACUAUUAAUGAUAUUAAUAUAUUUGAAAAUAUAAAUGAACUUUCAUUAUUUUUAACAAAUUCUAAUGAAUAUUUAAAAUUAUCAAAAUCAUGUUUUUCUAAUGUUAAAAAUUUAAAACUUAUUUCAAGAUUUCAUUUUAAUGAAAGACAACCACGAACGUUAUUUGUUGAUAUAUCUAAUUUGAUUAUAUUUUCAAAAUUAGAAUCAAUUGAAUUUAUUGGAAAUUAUUUUCCAUCAACAAGUUUUAUUUUACUUGAUUAUACAACAAAACUUCAAUCACUUUCAAUUUCAUUUUUAAAUUUAAUUCAAAUGACAAAAACAUUAACUGAUCAACAUAUUUGUCAACAAUUAACAAAAUUAAUUAAACAUUUAAAAAUAACAUCAAUUAAUGAUGUAAGUAAUUUCGCUAUGUUUGAACGUUUACCAUUAGUUUUUUGUCAUCUUGAAUCAUUAUCAUUAUCUCUUAUAAAUCCAAAAGAUUUAUAUACAUUAAUAGUACUUAUUCUUCAAAAAAUGGCACCAAUAUUAAAAACACUGAAUUUAUCUAUUGAAGGACAUAUUCAUGAAGUUAUUAUUUUAAAGGAAUUUAUGUCAUGGCUUAUUAGUUAUUUAUAUUCACAUGAUCUUGAAAAAGUUGAUGUUAAACAAACUGAUGAUCAAAUUUACUUUUGUUUUUAA